ACACCACUCUUCAGAUCUAGACAUCAUUUGUUUCUUACGAUAAUGGGUAGAUCUCCUUGUUGUGACGAUCAAAGUGGUUUGAAGAAAGGUCCAUGGACAGCCGAAGAAGAUCAGAAGUUGGUAGAUUACAUUAACAAAAAUGGCCAUGGAAGCUGGAGAGCUCUCCCCAAGCUUGCAGGCCUCAACAGGUGUGGUAAGAGUUGCCGGUUAAGGUGGACUAAUUACCUGAGGCCUGAUAUCAAGAGAGGGAAAUUCUCCGAAGAAGAGGAAAGAAUCAUCAUCAACCUUCAUGCAGUUGUUGGAAACAAGUGGUCGAAGAUUGCAACUCAUCUUCCAGGGCGAACUGAUAAUGAAAUCAAGAACUAUUGGAACACUCACCUGAGAAAGAAGCUGCUACAAAUGGGACUUGAUCCAAACACCCACAAGCCGAGGACAGACCUCAAUCACCUUCUGAAUAACCUUUCACAGUUGCUUACCACAGCGAGUGUUGGAAACAUGAUGACUAGGACUCCAUGGGACAAUGCACUAAGGCUACAAGAAAGUGCUGCACAGCUAGCAAAAAUGCAGUUACUGCAAAAAAUUUACAUGCAGGUUAUGAAUUCAUCAGUUGCAGCUCCUGCUAUAGAUAACCCGACUAGUAUUGGUAUAUUUGGUUCCCAGAACAUUGACCUCUUUGGAGGGAACUUCAAUGGAGCAAGCAGCAUGGUCAAAGAUCAAGAAUGGAACCACGAUAGCAUUCCUGGGGCUCCUAAUGAGUUGAACACUAUAUCCAACACUACAUUGGAAGGGUUUGAAGGAUUUAACAGAAAUGUUAACAACAACUUGAGCAACUGCUAUGAUAUGCAGAACUUUAAGAACCAACAUCCUGAAUUGGUUUCAUCAUCUCCUGGGAGUUCAACCACCAAUAAUCGAAUUGAAAGCACGAGCACAAGUGAUAUUCAAGAUGCAGGUCAGUCAUCACCCACUUACAUCUUUGAAGAUUGGGAGAAACUCCUGGAUGAUGAUACAAGUGAAUCCUACUGGAAGGAUAUUCUACAAUCAAUGUCAUAGCCACAUUCGAUAUAGCACGUAGAAGAUAUCCCUUAUUGAUCGAUUUGAAGAACUUCUUCAAUCUCAUUCAGAAAACAAACUGCAUUCAUUAUUCAUUAAUAAAGCUUUGUUUUCUUAUUGCUUGCCAAAAAAUUAGUUGUCUGAUGCAGCUAUGUAAGAAGAUACCAUCACAUUCUUGUAAUUAGACUUUGUAUUUUCAGAAGAUUUACUUAUAAUAGCCUUAAGUACAUAUAUUGUACUACAUGCAGAGA